AUUUUGCGUUCCGCGACCAAUCAGUGAAAUGGCGACCUCCCAGCGCCGAUGGCCAGGAGACAACCCCGACGGCGCAAAGUCCAUCCCAGUGGGCAUGGUCCACGGCGCCGUUCUUGGAAGCUACAAAGGUGUCGAGGGGUACAACAACAACUACAAGAACAACCCCCACGCAGAGCAUGACGACUACGACGGGUCCAACUUCCUCAACGGGGUCUGCACAGGCAUGAAGUGGCAGUGCGUCGAGUACGCUCGGCGGUACUGGAUCGUGAACCAUGGCAUCGUGUUGCCGAGUCUCAGCUGGGCCGCGCACAUUUGGGACCGCGUGACCCACGCCAGUCGCCUCGGAGACUUUGCCAUCGUUCCGCUGCUCAAGUUUCCCAACUUUGGAACGGAGAAGCCUGUGGUCGGGGACCUUCUCGUGUACAAGUCUACUCCGUCGCAAUGGGUCGGUCAUGUGGCAGUCGUCGCGGACGUCGUGACGAAGGAAGGCGGGACCUUGGCGCUGUAUGUCGCGGAGCAGAACAUGCACAACGACAAGCUGUGGGCUGGCGGCCAUUACGCCGACGAACUGCAUCUUGUUACAGGCACGUCGCGAGAUGGCAAGACUACGUACAGCAUCACGCAUCCAGAUCCUGAUCUUAUCCUCGAUGGAUGGGUGCGCGCUUCACUCGAUGACGCCGUCCUUCGCGCUCCAUGGAGCCGUCCGCCGCCGCGCCUCCCUCUAUCUGGUGUGUACGACAAGGAGUCUGCGACCGCCCUCCAGAAAUUUGUCGGGUCGUACGCGGACGGUAGCCAUGGCGGGAUGACGAACACGGAUCUACGAAACAUCCUUCGCCAGCAUGGGGAUCCAAGCGAAGCGCCAACGACACCCAACACUGCCGAACUCGUCAAGUGCUUGCGACUGUUCCUAGCUCGGCACUGGGCACUGGUGCGGUCGACUGGCGACGACGACAGCGGGAAGGACCUCGUCGCGGUGUGUCCUGGGACCACUCAAUGUGUCUGCCGCGUGAUCCGUCGGGAAGAGAUUCACCCCGCGUCGAGUGAAGAUGGCGCUGCUGUCGAAGUGUGCCAUACCACCAAGGCGCUCCAGGGCUUCUUGAACAGCGUCCAUCACCCUCAUGACCUUCGCUCGGCAGCGGCCUUGGUUGAUAGAGCUUAGUUCAGACAUACUGUUCGCGCCUAGAGCUGUUCCAUAAAGGAAUUACAGGAAUUGCCGCCUUCUAGAUACGAUGCAGGUAUUCCCGCAGCGAAUGAUCAUGGACGUUUGGCCAGUGUCAUGUUGAAGUUGAAAUACUCAUUGCAGCAUCG